AUGGUGGAGCUGUUCGGAUCCACCGAUGCUGUGACUAAUGGUGCAAAACAGCAGCAACAUCAUCAACAUCAUCAGGAAGCCUCAUCGGAACUGCGUUCAAAUCUGACUUACAAUUCGAGCAUCUUUGUGGCUGGAUUGCUAAUACUCGAACGAGCUGCGGAUGGUUUCAUUCGUCAAAUUGCGCAAUUGGCUGGCCUACUCGGCACCAGUCCGACAUUGAUAGCAUUGCUCACAGCAGGAGCAGAAUGGGAGGAAUUGGUGGUGGUGGUAGCAUCGAUUGCACAUGGAGCAUCCGAUCUCGCUAUUGCCAACGUCGUCGGAUCGGCCAUCUCCAACGUUCUCGGAGCCUUUUCGUUGGGCAUCUUGUUUGCGCCAAGUGCUGUCAAGUUCGAUGACAGUUCCAAGAGGUUCGCCAUCAUCCAGGCCGGCAUCACCACCGUAGUGCUGUUGCUCAUCGCAGCUGUCCAGAUCCAGCAUGCCGACAAGGAUGAAAAGCUAUCUAGCAAGCGCCUUUUCGAGAACGUCGUUGGAAUUAGCCUCAUCGUCAUCUUUAUCCUUUACUUUGUCGGCUUAUCCUGGGCUAUUGGUCGUGGAAUGCUAGCAGCUCCUCAAGCAUCCGAUAGCGAGUCUAGCAGCUCCAACAGUAGCGAUGCAACUACGCACGACGAUCGCUCUGCUCUCAAUAGCGAUGCUGCCAGUACCACUACUCUCGGCAAUGAAAGUGAAAGCUCCUACAUUCCUCCAAGACGUCCUGGUGGCGCAGCAGCACGCAGAGGCCAAAAUCGAACCGCUACUUCAGCAGCUAUCGAGACGACCCCACUCUUGCUCGGCUCAGCUACAUCCUCGAACCUCGCCACUCGACUCGCUCGCAGACGCAGGCGUGCUGUUUUUCGCAAUCUGCAAAAGCUUGUUCUCGCCUUGCUCAUACUCUCGCUUGCCGGUUACCUUCUUUCUCACUCUAUCCUUGAGAUCGCAUCCAUGCUCCAUCUCUCCGACACGGUCCUUGGUCUCACCGUACUCUCCUUUGCCACCACCAUCCCAGAAAAGCUACUCAGUGUUGUUGCUGGUUUGCGCACAGCAACGCCUCCAGCUCGACCUCCAGCAUCGGUUCGCAGACCCAGCUUAGCUCGUCGCGCUUCGAUACACGAUCAAGCCGAAGACGACCUAGCUCGAAGUGCAAGCAGCAUCUUGAUGGCCGGAGCAGCUGGUAGCAACAUCUUCCUACUCACUCUGUGUCUCGGCAUUUCGCUCAUCUUUGAUCGUGAGCACAUUUCACCUUCGCCAUCAUACUUGCACCCGUCCCUCAUCCCUCCAGCUCAACACCGCUUCACUGCCAGUAGCGUCCAGUGGCACGAGUUGGCUUUGUUGGAGGCAGCUUCGCUUGCUCUUGUCCUGAUUGCAUUCACAGAUGGCCAGCGAUGGCAAGCCGUUCUUCUUCUUCUUGCCUACAUCGGUUUUCUUUUCGCUGAGUUCACCAUCCUCAAGCGGUGA